AUGGCCACUACGCCUCAAGAUUUUUCAACAAAGGAAGAGAAGGUCAUUGUUGAAGCCACCAACAACAUGGUCGUUCUCGAGAAUGCAAGUACCAAGUCGGCCGAAGCUGAGCAUGAAUUUGAAUACGAGAUCGAGGACGAGAAAAGGAAACAAGAUAAUGAUUGCGAAGGCCACGGUGGUGAUCAAGAAGAGAAACAAGAGCAGGAGGAGGAAAAAGGAUGGUUUGGACGUCUCUACAGCCGUCAUAAAAUAUGGUUUCGUCUGGUCAUGUGGUUACUGUUUACAGGGUUUCUCGCUGCAGCCUAUGCGCUGCAGGUACCAAAGGGAUAUAAUCAAGAAAAUUUAAUCCUUGGUUUGAUCUAUGCCUGCUUCACGCUAAAAAUGAUCUUCAACUAUGUCCCAUUCUCAUUGAUCACGACACCCUGUUGGAAAGUAUGGGAUACAGUGGCAGCACCUUUUUACAAGCUCAGCAAGCGUCUACGAUCCAUAUUGUAUGGUGCCUUUGUGGCGGCUGUCAUUAUCAUUACCGUAUUUAGUAUCCCUGAGACGGAUUCAACACGAUUGCAGCGAUUCAUUGCCUUGGUUGGUUUGGUGGUCUUUUUAUUGCUCUUGGUUGUCUCAUCCACGAAUCGGCGCGCUAUCAAUUGGACAACGGUAUGCAGCUCAAUGCUCCUCCAAUUUUUGUUAGCACUCUUUGUGUUUCGAUCUUCAGUGGGCCACGACAUUUUCGAGUGGGCAUCUACCUUUGCACAAGGAUACCUAAGCAAAGCAUGGCACGGCAUCCAAUUCUUGACCAAUGAUGACAUUGCCGACAUGAGCAUUUUUGCUAUCACUGUAUUUCCAGCCAUCAUCUUUUUCGCAUCCACUGUGCAAAUGUUGUACCAUGUUGGUGCCUUGCAAUGGCUCCUUUCUCGAUUUGCUGUCAUUUUUGUGUAUCUAUUACAAGUAUCAGGUGCAGAAGCUGUUGUCGCCACCGCCUCGCCCUUUAUUGGACAAGGUGAAAAUGCCCUACUCGUACGUCCCUUCUUGCCAUUAAUGACAACGUCCGAACUGCAUCAAGUCAUGACCUCAGGUUUCGCCACCAUUUCUGGUUCAGUGCUGUUUGGCUAUAUGGCAAUGGGCGUAUCAGGUCAAGCCCUGCUUACAUCAUGCAUCAUGUCCAUCCCAUGUUCAUUGGCCGUAUCCAAGAUUCGAUAUCCUGAAGUGGAGGAACCAUUAACAGGACGAGUGAUCAAAGUCCCACCACAAGAUGAACCAGCUGCCAAUAUUUUACAUGCAGCAGCCAAUGGUGCAAACACCGGCAUGACCAUUGUCCUUUGUAUUGCUGCCAACUUGAUUUCAAUCCUUUCGUUGCUUUACGCAUUCAAUGCUUUCCUCACAUGGGCUGGUAACUUUUUGACCAUUCAAGAUCUCACCUUGCAACUUGUCACUGGCUAUGUCUUUGUACCCAUCGCAUGGCUUAUUGGUGCUGAUAGCUCUGAUGUGGUGGCAGUGGGUCAAUUGAUGGCACUCAAGAUUUGGGCAAACGAAUUCGUUGCCUAUCAAGCCAUGACAAGUGACUAUGCGGAUAAGCUCACUCAACGCUCACAAUUGGUUGCCACCUAUGCUCUUUGUGGAUUUGCCAAUCUUUCAAGUGUUGGUAUUCAAAUUGGUACCUUGGGUUCUCUUGCACCCAAUCGCACAGGAGAAAUAUCCAAACUUGCAGUAUCUGCUAUGAUAUGCGGUGCCAUGUCAACCUGGAUUUCAGCAUCGAUUGCUGGAAUGCUUGCUUAA